GUCCGAGGCUGGGGGCCCGGAUCGGGAGCCGAGCGCUGGGGCCCAGGCGGCUGCGGAGCCGAGCGCAGCGGGCAGCGGGACUGCCCCAGCCCGGCCGACCAUGAACUCGGGACGCGAGCCCCGAACACCCCGGACACUCUUAAGCAUCGCAGACAUCCUAGCCCCGCGCAUGGUCUCCCGAGCACCCUCUGCGCCGCAGCUUCCAGAGUCGGGUCCGGGUCUAACGUCGCCGCUGUGCGCGCUGGAGGAGCUGACUAGUAAAACUUUCCGUGGACUUGACGCGCGCGCUCCGCAGCCCUCUGAAGUGCGGGCAGCCCCGGACGCGCUGGGCCCUGGCCCCUCCGGCCGCAAACGGCGCAAGUCGCGCACUGCGUUCACCGCGCAACAGGUGCUGGAGCUGGAGCGGCGCUUCGUCUUCCAGAAGUACCUGGCGCCGUCCGAGCGAGACGGGCUAGCUACGCGACUCGGCCUGGCCAACGCGCAGGUGGUCACUUGGUUCCAGAACCGGCGAGCCAAGCUCAAGCGCGACGUGGAGGAGAUGCGCGCCGACGUCGCCUCGCUACGCGCGUUGUCCCCGGAAGUCCUGUGCGGCUUAGCACUGCCCCAGGGCGCUCCAGAUCCCGGCCUCUGCCUCGGCCCUGCCGGCCCUGACUCCCGGCCCCACCUGUCAGACGAGGAGAUACAGGUGGACGAUUGAAGACAAAGCCGCCGCUAAUCCUGGGCUGUGGGGCCCUGGACUCCUCACCUCGCGCUCUGCCUCCGGCCAGAGUUCCAGGGUGGAGGAAGGAGGUCCACUUGGGCCUCUUCCGGCCCACAGUCCAGACGCUCACCUUUCCCGGUUUUUUUUUGUAAGUUUGUUUUGUUGUCUGAGACAGGGCCUCGCUCUGUCGCCCAGGCUGGAGUGCCGUGGAGCGAUCACCGCUCACUGCAGCCGCGACCUCCUGGGCUCAAGCGAUCCUCCUGCCUCAACCUCCUGACUAGCUGGGAUUACAGACGUGCAGCACCACCCCAGGCUAAUUUAAAAAACUUUUUUUUUAGAAAGGAGGUCCCGCUAUGUUGUCCAGGCUACCUUUCCCAAUAUUUGAGAAUAAAGUCGAGACUCUGCCGCACCAUGCCUCUAUCCAGACGCCCGCCAGGAGCAAGAAACAGUAAAAUCUGUAAAGUGCUAUGGAGAGUCCGCACUUAGCACUGUACCAGGGCUUUCAACGCAAUGUUUCCUUUAGCCCUUAUAGCAACCCUUUAAGGUAGGUAAUAAUUACACCAUUUUUACAAAGUCAGAACCCUGAGGUCAGGUUUUGGACCCAGCAUCCAGCCAGCCUUCAGAGCUGAUGCUUAUCAACCUACCAAGGGGAAGUCACCGGGCCUGAGUGAAAGACAGUGGGGCCUUGGCCCACCUACUCUCUGCCUGGGAGACCUUGAUUCUAAUCCCUAGGUUGGCUCCAGAGUGAUGACAUUGUUUCCCCACCUGUUAACGGGUUCCUGACCCUUUCCCCAUCCUGCCAAAAGAACCCUCUGCUGGGACACAGGCAAAGAGAUGGGUGCCCAGAGAGGCCACACCCCUACCUGGAAGACCUCUGCCAGGCCCCCGGGCCUGAAAUUUUCCCACUAGGAUGGUGGCGGCAGCCAGAGGGUGGAAAGACUUGGCCUGCUGGGGCGAAGCUUGGAGUAGUGGCCUUGCCUGGUAGGGAUUCCAGCCUAACUCAGCCAGUGGACAUUUCUGACAUUCAUUUAUUCCACUGGUGAUAAUCACCCUCCUGCGGUGUGAGGGGAGAGGAGGGGGAACGCUCAGUAGUUGCAGGCCUUCCCCUCCCCAGUGGUCCCAGCCAAUCUUCAGAUCAAGCUCAGGUGUCUUUCCUGCUUCCCUUCUCCCCUGUCAGUCCUCCGGCUCUCUUCAGACUUUCUCCUGCCUCUGCCUAAGUGUGACAACCCCACUUUCAAGGAAGUUCCAUGAGUUCAACAGGGGUCAGCUAGGGCCUUAGUUGCAGGUGGAAGGCCCAAGAGAGAAUAUUCCUUGGAGAGUGAACAAGGCUGGAAGGCAGAAGGGAAUUUGGCAUUUUCAGACAGUACCACUUAUUAAGCAGUUCCAAGUGCUUUGCAGGUAUUAAUCCUUAAAAUAACCCAACAGGACAGAGACUUUUCUUCCCAUUUUAAGGAUGAGACUGAAUUACAGAACCCUGGGGAAACUUGGCCAGGUCACAGUUUGUAAGUGGUGGCACAGGGACUGAGCUGUUUGCUUGUCCGAUUCAGGAGCCCAUGCUCUUGGUCUCUAUAAAGGUGACUGAGCCUAAAGGAAAGAAGCAAAGCAUUUACAGAGAGAGGGGAGGAGAAAGGGCCACAGGUAGGAACUUCGGCAUUGUACUUUAGAGCAUGGUCCCUGGCGGUUUUAGAGAAGAGAGACAAGAGACCAUUGUUCAGGGUAGGCCAAUCUGGCUGUGGGCACAGGGUGGAUCAGAGACUGGUAGAGACCUGAAGAAGGGAGUAUAUAUCUGGCCACUGCAGAAGGUAACAGCAGAGAGAACUCAGGGCCAGACUUGAGGUGGGGCUUGGAGAUGGUCACAGAAGAGGAAUCUGCAGUUGCCCCAGGGAUCAAGGAUUGCAUGAGUCAAUGACAACCUAGCAAAUGUGGGCAACUGGAAGAAAAAUGGCAACAUGGAAACAGACAAUGACCACUGGUGUGGAGCUAAGAAUCUGUCAGCCAUUAUGCAUAGGCAAAAAAAUAAUUCUUUGCAACUGCAUUGCCCCUUCAGUACUCCCUUCUAAAUACUGCCUCUCUGGAACAUUUCCAGUAGGGUGAUCAACUCUUUCCCAUCUGCCCAGCAUUUUCCAAAUUUUGGCAUUGAAAGUCCCUCACUCCAGGACAUCCCUCAGUUCCAGGAAAACCAGGAUGGUUGGGUCACUCUACUUUCCAGUCCUGGGAACUCAGAACUCAGGCUGUUGGGUCAGACACCUAUUAAUUAGGAGGGUGAAAGUGGGGCAAAGUGUCGGGAGUCACGUGACUCUUGGAGAAGCUACAAGUCCAGAGCAGGCUAAGGUACUGGGGAGGGAACAUUUACUUGAGAAGCUAGAACAAGGAGCCAGCUCAGCUGGAAGGCAAAAAUACCAUUGAGUAGUGGUGGGUGGCCUUUCUUUGAGAGGUCAGGAGUCCUACAGACAUCCCAAAAGCAUGCAGGUCCCUGCUCAAAAACAGGAAAGCCAGAUGGGCAGGCCUCUUAUGGAACCACUGUAAUAUAAUCACCCCUUGGACAAACACAACCACCUAUGCCCAUCCUGCUCCCCAACCGGGGUGAGCAAAGAACUCUCAGGGCAAAUCCUUCUAGUUAGGAAGGUAGGGUCCAGUCAAAUUAACUGGCUGAGUCAUAACCUCUCUCCCCAUUGAGUUUCCCAAAUUCUAGCCCAGCUAGCACUGCCACCUCUUAUACUCAAGACUUGGACAACAAAACUCAAACCUGUCCCACCAAAAUGGCCUCUGGAUGGAGGUCUGCUCCACUAAGCCCCGCCCUCGAACAGUGUGUAUCAGGAUCACUUGGUAGGCUUAUUGAAACAGAAAUUGCUGGGCCCUGCUCCCAUGGUUUCUGAUGUAGAAGGUCAUUGCGGGGGGCCUGAGAAAUUGCAUUUCUUUUUUUUUUUUUUGAGAGGAGUUUUGCUCGUUACCCAGGCUGGAAUACAAUGGUGCGAUCU